CAUUUACAUUCAGUUUGACUUUUGACAUUUUAGUUUGUCAUUGAAAAUAAAUAGAAGGAAUCGAUCGCAGUCUAGUUUAGCAGAAUAUUUUUUUAUGUGAUAAUAGAAGAGUGAAAACAGAAUAAAACAUUGUGAAAGAUUUAAGUUUAAACAGCAUGUCGCACGGAAAGGUGGUGUUGAUGGCUUGCGGCAGCUUUAGUCCGCCGACUUAUAUGCAUUUGCGUAUGUUUGAAAUAGCCCGAGACUACAUACACAGUUUGGGUUUAGGGACGAUAGUGGGGGGGAUAAUGUCGCCUGUACACGACGCGUACGGCAAGAAAGACCUUGUUGCGGCACAACAUAGGAUAUCCAUGCUUCAACUGGCAUUACGCUCGUCGGACUGGAUCAAGGUCUCGGAGUGGGAGACUCAGCAAUCAGGCUGGACUAGGACCAAGUUGUCUCUGCAGUACCAUCAGGAUGCCAUAAACAGUCACCUUUUAGGUCAGGAGGUGUCAGAUCCCCCUCCAUGGCUCCCCGAUGACAUCCUAAAUGUUAACAGUAUAGAUGAACCAGACAAUCUAAUGGAGAAAAUAAAUGGUAACUCUGAUGAUAGAGUGACUGUGAAAUUGUUAUGUGGUGCUGAUCUUUUGGAGUCGUUUGCAACACCAGGGUUAUGGUCUGAUGAAGAUUUGGAGACGAUAGUGGGUAAGCACGGCCUGGUGGUGGUGACGCGCGCCGGCUGCGACCCGGGAAGGUUCCUCUAUGACUCUGAUGUACUUUACAAACAUCGGAAGAACGUGGUGUUAGUAACAAAUUACAUAGCGAACGAGGUGAGUUCGACAGUGAUCAGACGGCUGGUGCGGCGCGGCGAGAGCGCGCGCUACCUCACGGACGACGCCGUGCUCGCCUACAUCCGCCACCACGCGCUCUACGGCGCCAGGCCACACGUCACUGAGUAUAACUUAAUAAACGAUAUACUCCCGACUUACGACAAAAAAUCCCCUCAAGACGUCAUAAUGACGUCACCAGAAGAAACAAGCUUCAAGAACAUUCUUAUAUCAAUUCGCGACAAACCUUCCAUUAUAGACGAAACUAUUACAGUAAAAAGACCUAGGAAAUUCCUAGCACCUAAUCAGACAGAUUCAAUCAGUCCUAUCGAGGCAAUUAAACCUAAAAUGGCGUACAUAGAUAAAGUCCCAGCGAACUACGUCCCGGGGAAAGCUGUCAAAAUUGUCAGCGAUGAAAAUGAACACUCGAUUGAGAACGAAAAGGUAAGUUUUUCAGAAUCGACUUAUUCAUCAUUCGAUAGUUACUUAUCUAAAGAUGAUUUCGAUAUUUACAAACGAAGAGUUAGCGAAGGUAACGUACAGAAUGCAAAUAUCAAGAAGCGUUGUUCCACGUCAACUAUACGUAAGUUAAAAUCUGACGAAAUGCGUAAAAGUAAAUCUGAAGUCAGUAAGUUAUGUGACAAAGUUAAAAGUAUGAAAUUGAAAGAGAAAGAUGACAGGAAUUAUAAGACGAGAAGUUGUAAUGACAUUGUCAGAUUGAUUCUGACGAAACACGGCAUUCAUGUAAUAAGUGACACUGAGGCUAUCGUAUAAAUCAUUCGUAUUCGUUCACUCAUUCACUUAAGUCGGAAACACAUAUCUACUUUAAAAAGGAAAUACUCCAUGUUAAUUUAAUUCUCUAUCAAUGUCAUUCAUUCCGUUCACUUAAAUCAUUUGAUAAAAUUAUUCUGAAACUUCCAUAUUUGUGCCAAAUUCCAAAACAAAUUAUAGAUAAUUUUAAUAUGUAGAUGAUUAUUAAAAAAAAUGAUUUCUCAUCCAUUAAGAUAUCAUUCAUUUCAUUCGUUCACUAGUCA